UCGUGUGUGCAUGUCGUGACGAACCCACGGAAGUGCAGUUAUGCCGUACCCGCCGAACCGUCCGGUACGCGACGCCUUUCGACCAAACGUUUCGUCGGGAAAACGCUAUACCUACCGAGAAUGCGUCUCGAUUUUAGUACGAAAAUAUCGUUUUUCCCAUUUUUAAAAAUAGUCGUAAUUAUUAAUACUCUCCGUUUAGAUCAUUCGGAAAAAAUUGAAAGUAGCUUUAAGUAAACGUUGAAAACUAUAAAAUAACUUAAAGACAUACAAAUAUGAUAAUCCCGAUGACCGUCUUCCGGAAUAAAAUACUGAUCAUUCCGGCUAACUGAAGUAUUCUUCUCUAUUGUUGUCGUGUUUUAUUCGCCAUACCAAUAGUAAUAUUAGCGCAGCAAUAUGCCGCCACCAUCAUUUUGGACAAUAAACUAAAGACUGUAUUCUAUUUACGAUGCCAGUCGUCUAAUGGCAACUCCAGCUCAUUCGCCUGAAUCAGACAAUGUUUACGAAAAAGCAUAUUCGUUGGUGGUCGAAAUCAAUAGCCAAGUGGCUCAGUUUCGGGAACUACUCGUGCACAUCGGUACUGCUCGAGAUUCCCCGGAAACCAGAGAAAAGAUCCGAAAGUUACGAAGAGGAUGCGUGGAUACAUGCAAACACACAAGUCAAUUACUCAUACCUCAGAUGAGAGGGUCAAAUUUAGAAUCAUCUCUGCUGGAUCACCCCGAGUUGGCCCUGUUGUUCUACCUGUGUCAGAUGAUGUUACGAGAACUCGGAAAAUGUAGCCGUCUUGUACAGCUCAUACCGAUGGACAUGACUGGAUAUUUUGAAAACCGUGCCGGACCAUCAAACAUCGGCAACGUUAUUAGCCAAAUACUUUUGUGCAAGCAAAUCCAACCGGACUUCAACCAAGAAGAAAUCUGUAGCAUAGCCAAAGACAGCCAAGAUCUGGCCAGGCUCAUCCAAGACAUGCAAGAAUUUCUUCCACAACAAGACACCGCAGCUGAAAAAAAUGCAGCGUUAGAACCAGAAAACAGCAAAUGGAAACGAAAAGGAAGAAGAAAUUCAAUAUACACCAAUGUCAGCUCAUGUUGUUGUUUUUGUAGGCCAACUUACCUUUGAUGUUUUAUAUUCGUUGUAUUAGAGCGCACACAGAUAUUAUUUUUCCAAGCUCAAAAUAAAAAUACAGUCUCUACUACACGAGUCCAACAUUGUAUCACGUACCCCCAUAAUAAUGAUGACCAACCUAUAUGUUCGCUAUUUAAUUAUUGAUUAUUUUAUAAAAAAAAAAAAAAAAAAAAAUAGUAUAGUUUAGUGCUUGAUAUAUAUAACAGGUCGAUGACAAAUUGAAUUCUUAUACAUUUUGUUUGAAUGUUACGUCGUGAUUAUUUGUCAAUAUUCGUGUUGAGUCAACGCAUAAUAAUGGUGCCCAAAAUAAAUAUUUAAAACUUCAUCAUACGGUGACCAAAUAUAGUGAAUCCCAUGUUCGUUGUUAAUAAUAUAUAAACCAUAAGGAAAUGAUAAAAUACCAAUAAGUAGAAAGAACUAAAAAAGUAAUCUCAAUUUUUUUCUCCUAUUGUAAUUCCAAACGAGACAGUGUAAGUAUGUUAUGUCUGGUAUAUGUUUAUUUGUACUAUGUAUAUGUGUGUGUGUGUGUGUGUGUGUUUUUGCGAGAAAAAAUGGGAAUUAAUUAAUUUCCAGAAUAGUUUUAAGUAGUUAAAACUGCAAAACUAUUUCUUUGUUUUAACUUUAAUACAAUUCGGAAUAUAAAUAUGAAAACAUUCUCAGAAAACAAAAUCUUUAAUAAACAAUGUUAAUGCAGUGUGAUAUUGAUAACUCUCAAGUCCCACGACAGUAAGAUAAUUCUAGUUAUCAAACAUUUAAUAAAAUAUACAAUAUAUGAUGUAUUAUAUUUUUAAAUCAAACAUGACAACAAAUGACUAGGUAUAAGCUGUUCAGUAUGAAAAACAUAAUAUAUAGUAGGAAUAAAUCACUGUAGUUUUUAUUAUUUUCUAUUUAUAGUUUUUUUUUAAAGUGAUUUAUGCUUUUGAUUUUUGUAAUUCUAUUUUUAAACGAAUUUUCAAAACAACGAAACAUUUUGUUAUCAGCAUUUUCAACAUACUCCCGAUGUGGUCUAAAACUAGAUAUUUAAUCUGCUUGUUUUGUUUCAAUUUUCUGAUUAUAAUUAUUUUGCAUUAAACCAUCGAUUUCUUUCGUCACUACAGUCACCAAACUAGAAAAUAUAAUAAUCGCCACGGUACUCUGAUCACGUUUUAUACCGUUCUGAUGGUUUCUUAGCAGCUGUUCUGCUGUGUUCAGAAAACACUAAUCGUCAUAUUUUACAGGAACUCGGCGUAAUUUCGUAGGCUAUUCCGCGUGCGUGAUAUUUUAGUGACGCAAACGAUAAAUUAGAUUUUUUUUUCUUUUUUAACUAUGGGUAAGUACGAUUAAAAGUUGUACGGUCAUCCGAUAAAUUUCUGUUUGAUUCGCGUAUCCAAAUAGCUGAGAUUUGAUUAAACGUUUUAGGUUUUACUGACUGGCCUGCAAUCGUAAAAGGGAUUAAUUAGUUUGUACGCUACGCAUAUAUUUACUUCUAAUAAUUAUAGAGAUCGACACCGUGGUUUCUUGCUUCUGUUUACAAAACCUCGACCCCCCUCCUCUUAUUCCUGCCCACCGAACAUCUAACUCCUUUCAAAGCCGACGUUUUGUCUGACAAGCGCUCAUAAAAUCAACCUCCGUUUCAUCUAAACACCGGAAAUGUUUUCAAGUAUACCUUCACUCGAAUGAACUAAAUAGUAUAAUAAUAAGAGUACCCAUACUCGCACACAACAGAUAUUAUAUAAUAUUAUGUAGAACGUGGGUAUCGCGGGUAAACUUUCCUCAUAGCGACGUCAAUAAAUAUUUUUAUUCGGCUUCCUUUUUCUGCGCUGAUAUGGUCAAAUUCGUAUUAUUCGAUAUACUCGUAUUAUAUGCUGUAAAUGUUCAGCAAUUUUGUUUUAUUAUUAUUUAUCAGAGACAUGGAAUAAAUAAAUACUAUAACCGAGUUGAUGUUGUGAAUUUCCCGAAGACUUGUGCAAAUCGAUGUUUGUAUCAUAACAAUAAUUUGUAUCUAUAAUAAUAAAACCCGACUAUAAUGAUCAUUCGCACAGUUACUGCGUUUAUUGCCAAAAAAAAAAAAGUGAACUAUCUGAUUACUCCUGCAUUGAGUUAUUGUUUAUUACCUAUAUAAAUACGACGAUUCUGACGGGGUAUUUUUCGUUGUUGACGACUUAUCGAAAUUCCAUCGUAUACUGACUAAGUGUAUGUAUCAAUUCUAAUGAUGUCGAGAUACUAUCACAACUACUCAAACUCGUUAUAACAUAGGAAUUUCAAAACAGAAAUAAAUCUAAGCGACAGCAAGUGUUUACGAUGCAGCGGCCGUAGAAUACCUAUAGGUGUUCCAUUACCGGUUUCAAAUUAUACGGAUAUCGCCACUAUAUUUUAUAUUAAAUUGUAAAUUUAUGUGAAAGAUACCACACAGUAUAAAUACCGUUUUACUUUUUUCUUCUUAUCGUGCAUUUUCCCAGUCUACAAUACUUUUUGUACCUGCAAUUUGUAUUCCUUUGCAUUUGUAUUAACCGUUACCAUUAAUGUAUAUUUAACAAUAUAUUCGUGUCAAUUUUUUUCCUUUAUAUUAUAGAUGUAUGUGUUAUGAUUGUACAAUAUAUCAGUCAUAUUUUAAAUUAAUUUUAUUAUUAUUUUUUUUUAAUUCACAUCUAUACCUACUUUGUUUCAUUGGUUAUGUACCGGAUUAAUGUUCAAAACAAUAAUUUAAAUCAAAUAAUAUCAAAACAAAAUAUUAUCCAACAGUGAUUAUUGAGAUCUAGUGCCUGUUAAUAUCAUAAUACAAAUUUUAAAUCAUACAUUUUUAUAAUAUUUUCAAAAUGAAUGGAUUAAAUUAACAUAAAAUACUGUCAAUCUCUGAUUUAGUUAACUUGUAUGUUAUUAUUAUUAUAUAAUAUUACUUUCUUAAUGACAUAUGAAGUAGGUAGCAAUCUUAAAAUGUAUAAUAUAUUAUCAUUUAUUGAUCCUAUACCAAUUUUUGUCUUUAUAAUAAUGGCCUUCCAUCAAUGUUAUCAUUACAUAUUUUUAUUUUAUAAGAUUUAUUAUAUUAUUAUAUUGCAUUUAAGCAACCAUUCUCACAUUAUUGUGAAUAAUAUUAUUUCGUACACAAUUGUAUAUUUGUGAAUACAUAAAAAAUAUCUAAUAUAAAAAUAUUAGUUAAAUAUAUUCCCUAUACAACCUCGAAGCACCAACUAUCACCGAAUUAUGUAAAAUGAUACUUGUUGUAAGCUGUUGUAAUAAUAACAUAGUGUAUUAUGAAUAUUAAGUAAUAUUAUUUAGUGUUUAAAAAUCUACUUUAAGAAGUUAUAAUCGGGAAGAACAAAUUUAUUCAGAAAAACAUUCAGCUAUGUUACGUAUGGCUCAAAAGCUAUUUAACGUUCACUAAGUAUUAAAUAUUUAAAUUUAUGUGUACAAUAUACAUUGAUUUCAACAUCAAUAUUAGUCUAGAUCAAUAUUAUUAUUAUAUAUUCAUAUUAUAAUUUAAUAAUAUAUUAUGAUUGUUCAUUUAUUUUUUAAAUCUAAAUAGUUAAAAACCUUAAUAUUUAUACUAUAUAUAAUGUGUUAUAACACGAUAGUUUAAGUAAUAUUUAAUAUUAUAUUAUUAAAUUUAGUAUUACUGUUUUUAUGAUACAUUUUAUGUAAAAUUUACUAGUAGAUCAUACCGAUUAUUGUAAUUGUUUUGACCGUCAAUGUAUUACUCGCUUGGAAAUCCGUGUUCAAUAUAAAUAACUUUCCAAAUACCUAAGCUAAGAAAUUAUCUGCUAAUGAUAUCGUAAGCAAAACUAACAUUUGAAAAUAUAAUAAAAGAAUAAGCAAACGAGUAUUCUGCUAGACAGGCAUUAAUUUACACAUAUACAAUAUCGCGUAAAUAAAUGAGUAUAUUAUGAAAGUUUAUAUUGGACAUCGCUACAACGAUCGGGUAAUGCAAUAUACUAUGAUUAUGAUCUAUGGUGUAAAAACUAAAUUGUAAAUAGAGUUAUUUGCCAUACAAGCUGAAUAAUUAUGUUUUUUCGACAUUA